GUUUAUCUCUCGGCCAAUCAUCACUCUUUAUCCCACAAUGCACUGCGUCACAAACGGCAAGCGCGAAUUAUACCAAGCCACACUUUCCUUUUGUUCGAUAUUGGACAAUUUAAAAACCUCUUUGUCACAUAAAUUUAAGUCAGCAUCUUGCUCAUGAAAUUAUUUUGUGAAGGGCAAUUGUGGAACUGAAGGCGGCCAGUAAUGGCAGCAAGCAACACUACGGUUCUUAAAGAUGUCGUUGCCUAUGUGGAUGUGUGGUCAUCUGACAAGAGAGCCAACUAUUCGACACCGUUUAUUCAGCAGCUACUGGAAAUGGGUGCUCAGGUAUCAAAAACAUUCAAUAAACAAGUCACCCAUGUUGUAUUUCACAACGGUCAUCCUGCAACAUGGAGGAAAGCCAAGAAAAGUCACGUGAAGCUUGUCUCUGUCCUUUGGAUAGUCAGAUGUCAUGAAGAAGGAGUGCAUGGGGAGGAAGAGUUGUAUCCAGCCUCAAACGAUGAAAGUAAUCCAGUAUUAAAAAACAAGAAACACCGUUGCAUGCAGCCCAGAGACUGUCCACAGAGGACGCCAGAAAAUGACAGACGCAUGAAGAAAAAGUUAGAUAAGUUGAUGAAGGACAUGGCUCCCAAGCAACCAAUGUUCACAGAUGUGUCACCUAUUUUUAUUGAUGAAGACAGUGGAAUUGUGUACAGCCCUGCGUGUAAAAGGGCCGAUUACAUGGCAGAGCGGUUAAAAGACAUGAAAGAGAAACAUGCAAAUAUCUCACCCACUGCCUCACAAUUGAUUGAAUCCGCUUCCCCCUCUGGGUCAAAGCCCUUGCUUGGGAACUCACCAACUGUCUUCAAAUUUUUGUAUGAUAAUUCAGACGAUGAUUCCAGUGCCUCUGUUGCUGAGCUCGGCCACUCUGCUGAUAAGGAAAAUGCCUGCACAGAAAAUGACACAACUGAGCAUACCCAACAUGACAAGUACCUCACCAAAGAAUUUGAAAAGUCUUGGCUGUCACCAUGCAGUGUUGUUUCAAAACCCACUUUGGUAAGCCCUUUGAAAUGUCCGGACUUUGAGAAAAGUGAGGAAGAAAGUACCAUACAAACAAAACCAAUAAGGUCUUCAAUUGGGAAAAAAACAACAGAGAAAGCCAAGUCUGUGGGUGUAAUACAAAGUGAUGUGAAGGAGGUGACAUCUGCUGAUGGCAAAGAAAAGCGUAAGUCACGCACAGAAUCCCGCAGUCCUGUUGGAAAACCUCUGGAACAACCAGCCGACAAAUCUGAAAAGGGAAGGCAAAGUAUUCAAGCAACAAAGACCAUGGGAGGGACAAAGACGUCUAACUCUCCUGAUACUGUGAACUCCUCUGGCUGCCUCUUGGCACCAACCAUAUCAGGACCUGACACUUUAUUUAAUGACUACUCUCCAUUUCAGAAAAAGGGAACAAGACGCAGACCCUCUUUUUCUGCGCUUGCACAUUUGUUUAGUCCGUCCAGUGACUCUCAAAAUGUUGCUUCCAUUUCCGAUGAUGUGGGGGAUGAUAUGUUCGAGGACUUCUUCUCCAGGCCGAAUGACCACAAAAUACCCAAGAAGCCUACUUUCCCUGGUCUGCGUGAAAUGAGAGAUCUCCACAUUCCCUUUAGGAUGGACUCUGUCCCAAAGAAAAGAAAACAAAGGAGAAGCGAUAAUGCUGAAACAGCAACCAACAACUCUAAGAAGAAGAGAGUGGAGAAAAGUGGGGACAAGUGCAGUCAACAGUCUGUUGCAAAAACAGAGCAUAAAAGUCCUCCACAACAGAAUGUCAAGGAGUCCCUGCCUGCAUUGGAUCCUCCAAAUGCCACACUAACAGUGAUUGCUAAAAGAAAACGGCAAAGCACUUUACCAUUUGUUAAAGCCAGUGGAAGUGCAGCAAAACCAGUAUCUUCCUCUGUUCGGUCACCAAAGCCAACAAAAGGGGCGAUGUCCUUGGAGCUGCAGAAUCACAUUGUUUGUCAUUUAUCUCACACUUUUCAAAGCAAAGGAAAUGAACAAAAAUCUGCAGCUGCUCUAACUGAGCUCCCAAUUGAAGGCCGGGAGAAUCAGAAUAAGCACACUGACUCAAGUGAGAAAAUCAACAAAGCAAAGUCAUUUAGAACACUGGUCAUGACAAGCAUGCCUACUGACAAGCAGCAGACGGUGGUUCAAGUUGUGAAAACACUGGGUGGCUUUUCCAUCACCAAUCGAGUUUGCCAGAGCACAACUCACGUGGUUUCUGGGGAACACAGGCGGACUAUCAAUGUUUUGUUGGGCAUUGCUCGUGGCUGCUGGAUCAUCUCUUUUGAAUGGAUUCUGUGGAGUUUGGAGCAAAGGCAAUGGCUUCCAGAGGAACCAUUUGAACUUUCAGAGCAGUUUCCGGCAGCACCGAUCUGCCGUCUCCAGAGGCAUUUAUCUACCGGCAGGUACCAGCAGGACCUGUUCCAGGACCAACCGACCAUGUUUGUGUCCCAGCGUUCCCAGCCGCCUGCAACCAGUCUGGUAGAGUUGAUUCAGCUCUGUGGGGGGAAAGUAUGUAAAGUUCUGCGUCAGGCAGGAAUCUGCAUAGGAAAAUACAGUGGCAGAAGACCAGGGGGCACCAGGAUCCUGUCUGAGCAGUGGGUGCUUGACAGCAUCACACAUCUGAAGCAACUUUCAUAUGACAGCUACAACUUGGAGUAAAGACUACUAAAUACUGUAAUGCAGUGUUUCUGCUCACAGGGUUCUUAUCUUUCUUUGGAAAUGUGCACAGCGACUAAACAUACAUUCUCUGAAAGAUUCACCCCUCAGUGACUUUAUGUUGCUGGUCACACACAGAAUGCAAUACAGUCUCAGUACUUUUAACCUUUGAUCCGUCAGUUUUUUUUAUGUGAUAUGAGAAGGCAGAUUCCCUGACCUAAAAGCAAAUGUUAUUUUUAAAAAUGCAUACUGAGCCAGUUCACUCAACUGCAGAUCACGUACUUUGACCCUUACAAUGUCAUUGUUAAUAGUAUUUCAAAUAGUACAUGUUUUCUUAUUUUCCUGUCACAAUGAUAUUUAAAACAAUUUUCUUUUGUGAAGAUGGUACAAGCUACCAGUAAUCAUAACACAUGGGGCUGUUUGGUUGUAGUUACGACUGUGUUAGAAAAUAGUGCAUCUACUGUACUUGAGUGAUGAAUGAAUAUGUUGUAUUAAAGUGUUGCAACAGUAUGAAAUAAACCGGCCUGUCAAAAU